AUGUGGCAACUGUUCUUCGUGGCAACAAUGUGGCUUCCUUAUGGGUUAAGUGGGCUUCUGCUGGGCUGGCUUAGAUCACAUUGCUAUGCCUCUUAUGAUACUACUUCGAAGAAAAAAUGUGAUACCCGACUAGAAACAUACAGCCGCGAUGUGGGUGAGAGUCCAGCCCUGGGCCUGAGUGCCGGGCUUAAGCAGGCUAGCGCAAGGCGGGGAGUUGAGAAGACAGUUGCGUGGCGUGGGGCGCCGCCAGGGCGCUGUGCUCUCAGAAGCUGUUACGCCGGCCCGAUUUUCCGCGGCUGUAUAAGGAGUAGCCCUUCGGUAGCCGGAGAGCUGGAGGGGAACCUGAUUUGGGAUCAUUUCUUGGAGAACACAAAGAAGUGUGGUGGAUUGAACCAGCUGCCCUUUGACCCUGCCAACAACAACGAACCCCUGCAGUUUGGUAGUGCCAGUGGCCCUCUGGUCACAGAAGGCCUCAUUGAGAAUGGAGGGGAGUCAAGCAAGAAAAGAAAGAGAACAAAUGCUCCUUCAGCUGAUAAUAGUAGAACUCUGAAUGUGGAUUCCACUGCAAUGACGCUACCUAUGUCUGAUCCAACUGCAUGGGCCACAGCAAUGAAUAAUCUUGGAAUGGCACCACUGGGAAUCGCUGGACAACCAAUUUUACCUGGCAGUUCUCACUGAACCCAGAAGGCCAACUCUGAUGGGAACAGAAAGAAAGAAUGAGGAUGUGUGACACAUGACAGGCCACUGCUC